GCUUCCGAUGGCACUACCCUUUCUCGAUGGAGCUUCCUUCGUCUACGACUCCAUUCAGUCCUUUGUUGAGGACUACAACCGCGGGCGUGAUGAAGAACAUUAUGAACAGGGCGUUUGGCUAGCCUACACCACCCCUUUCCGGGGCUUUUGGGGACGGCUUCUGGGUUCGAUCCCAGCAUACCAUCUGGCUGUGCUGAUCAAUGGCUAUGUCUAUGAAAUCAGCGUCCCCGGCAUGCGCAUGGGACUCUCUGGUUCUGACAGCGCUUCUCGCCGGUCUGGUUCUCGCAGUAAGAAGAAGAAGUGGCACUUUGAAGUGCACGCAGAGGAGACGUUGGAUGAUUCGCCCUACACCAGAUGGAUCCGCUUGAGAGGCAACCACCAAUGCUUCAAAAGCAGAGUCGACCUUAAGAGAUGGGCCAACACCUUUGACGUUGAGAGGUACCGUCUCUUCAGCAACAACUGCCAAACCUUUGUACUGCAGCUGGUAGCAUAUGCCAUUGACAAAGAUGUGGUGGAAGCCAAAGUCAUGAUUGAAGAAACCCUCGGAAUGCCUCUCUCCUGAUCAGCUUUAGAUUUGUACCGCCAAAGAUGCGGAGAUAAUUGGGAUGCGUUUGUUUUUCGCAAAGGCUUCAUUGAAACCCUUGAGGCAGCAAGCGAUGAAA